UCUGUUGCUCGAUGGCUCCUUUGCUGACGCAGAAAACGGAGAUGUCUCUCAGCGUUUCAGCCUCUCCUUCAUUUGGAGUGAGUUUUGUGUCAACACUCCCGGUUGUCCUCACCAUCCUUCUGCUGCUUCUCUGCUUCCCUUUUAGAAGGAAAAAAAGAGAAUUGUCUACACGAGUCCUUCAGAGGGAGCGGAAUUCAUCCCUGCUUAUUCACAUAGCCAAACUGGAAGAGGAACCGAGUCCAGAGAGAAAGCCUUUGGAAGAUGAAAACACUCACAAAGGAAAUGCUCUGUCACGCCACCAAGACGAGAGACAACUGAAGGUUGAGGAAACGGCCUCAGAACGUCAGCAUAAAAACAUGGAUUCUCCCAAGGAAAGGCAUGUUCUCAUCACAAACCACCAAAGGACACAGAUGUCCCCAAAACUUGAGGUGGAACGCUUGAGAGGGUCAGCCCCCAAAACAUCAUGUCCUCCCAGUCCCAUGACCCCAAACUCCAUGCUAUACAGGAAGCUCCCCAUGACUCCAAAAGAGGUCCACAUCUCCAGAACUGAGCCCCCAACUCUGAAUGCGGAUAGUCAGGUUUACGAAAGCAUCCGGCUGAAGGAAAAGGACUUACGCCCCAAAGAUCGCUUGAUGGGAACCAACAACGAGAGCCCAAAAUCUUCUACAGGACAGGAAUCCAAAGGGUAUGGCAAGACGGAUUCGAGGUCUGCAGAGGUCAGCAAUAUGCUGGGACAGCCAGACCAGGUGGCCGACCCGCAUCGGGAGAUACCGCCUGAGAUGGAAGCUCCUCUACAGCCAGUUUUUGAUGGAGAAAAAAGACUGAGUGCCUUGUAUGCCAAAGUGUGCAAGCGGCGUCAAACACCUAGCCAGUCUCAGCCACCAAGCCAUAGCAAAACCACAGAGGAAGAUGAGGACGUCCCACCACCCAUCCCCGAAAAGCAUUUUGACGACCUCUAUGAGAGUCUCUGCAUAGAAUCGGAGGCACAGGGUAGUGAGAUGUCUCCACCAAAGCCCUGACGAAUGGGACAUCCAAGAGACAGAGCUCCAAACCAGGCUGGGAUCCGGCAGAGGAAGUGUCUUUUGGUCACCAUGCAACCUUUACGUGGCGCCAAGAUGCAUUUUCAGGAGCUGGUCUCUCCUUUGGGAUUGAUCCCUUGCCUUUUUAAUGAAGCAGACUUUGGACUCCACCAUGUGCUUAGCAUGUUGGGCUUGCUUUUAAGGAAGGUGUUGCUAUGUUGACACAUGCUUUUGUCCCCUAAGACUUUCAAACACAUGUUGCGGCAGGUUUGUAUGGAAAGGAGACCGGCAACGUUAAAAAAACACCCAUAUUCUGCAACUUAAAGGUUCUAAAGAGCAAGUAACUCAAUAAUAAUUAAUAGGCCCAGCAGUGAGUUAGAGAGAUGGGAGAGAGAGAUUGAAAGGGAGGGAAAUAGGGAAGGAGGGAGAGAGAAAGAGAGAAAUGAAGGAGAGAGAGAUUGAUUAUGGGAGGGAAGAUCAAAGAGAAGGGACCUUUGUGGCCUUCAUAGUUUCAGCUUUGGUGGAAUGGUGAAUCCAGUCUAAUGUAUUGUCGAAGGCUUUCAUGGCUGGAAUCACUAGGUUCUUGUGGGUUUUUUCGGGCUAUAGGGCCAUGGUCUAGAGGCAUUCUC